AUGCCGUUACUUCAACCAAAUUCAACAGAAUGUUAUAGACUAGAACUACCAGAAUUACCUCCAAAUGUAAACCUUGAUGAGGCAACAAAAAAUAGAUUAUCACUAAAUGCAAGAACUGGGGCUGCAGUGACAUUGGCAAGAUCAAGUAUAUACGUCCAUGGUGGGUUGACUAUACCGUUAAAUAUAUCGGAAAUUAACUCAGCCACAUUACAAAAGGAAUUAAUCCUUUAUUUCUCUAAAUCUAAAGAUAGUUCACAAUCUUUCAAAAAUUUGAACGAUUGGAUCUCAUGUGAAGUGUUUUAUCUGGAUUUAAUUACAAGAACUUGGGAACGGAUUGAAACUAAUGCAACAACAGCUCUAGCAAGAACAAGUUCAUCUCAAUUUAGUGAACGAUUAUUUCAUUCCAUAUGUGUUAAUGAAAAUGCAUUAUAUAUAUUUGGUGGGUUAGCUAUAUCACCACAAAAUGAUUAUGAACUAAUUGCUACAAAUGAAUUAUGGAAAUUAGAUCUAUACACAAGGAAAUGGACUCUAUUAAGUAAAGAUCCACGUAUCACAAGAAGAUUUAAUCAUGAUAUGUUUGUUAAAUACGCUGCUGAUGAUUCUCAUGAUACAAGAUUGUUAAUCGUUGGUGGGCUGAAUAAUAUGGAUCAACCAUUAUGCACCAUUGAUGUAUAUAAUUUAAUUACAAAUGAAUGGGAAUCAAUUUCAAAUAGUAAUAUAAUAAAAAAAUUCGAUGAACAACCUGUAUCUAUCGUUCAUAAUAAAAAUCUACCAAUAUUAAUUGAGAAUAAUGAAGCGGAAGUUCCCACAUUGACAUUUUAUCAUACCAAUUCAAACGAUAAUAAUGAUAGCACCGAAGAAGAGGAAGAACAACUACAAGGGGAAGAAAAUAAUUAUGGCAAUUCAAGCAUUAAGAUAGAAAACGAAUUAUCACCGAUCAUUGCAUUACCAUUAUUACCACAGUCACAGUGUGUCAGGAUUGCAUCAGAAUACCUCCAAGAUAAAGAUUUAUUAAAGGUGCCAUAUAAUCUUCAACAUCCAAAAGGGGCAUACUUUAAUAGAAAUUUACUCAUAUCUGGAUUUUAUCCAAAUUGCCAGGCAUCCAAUUUUUAUGUCUACAUUUACGAUAUAUCAAUUGGGAAAUGGAUCCAAUUAAAGGCAUCUUGUGAAACAUGUUCAUCCUCUCAACACCGAUUUUGGAACUUGUUUGUUUGGCAAUCUCAUCAUCAAGCAUUACUACUAGGAACAAUGCAAGAUGAUUAUAAUUUACCUUCUGUACAAAGAUUUGAUUUGAUUACUUCUUUUUCUCUCCCCAUAGUAAACUCUUUUAAUAAUUUUAAUAAUAAGGCCAGUACAGAAUUGUUUCAAACAUCUUUCCUCCCCUCAUUAGCAUCUGAUCUCGGAUCUAUACCAACAACACCAAUAGAUAAAAGAACUCCUCCAUUAACAACUUCCAAUUCUACAUCCAAGAUAACAUCACAAUUUGAAAAUUACAUUCGAUAUAUUACAACGCCGUUAGAAUUAAAAUCUACAAGUUCUGUAUUCCCACCUUCCGCUAUGGUGGUAGGGAAAGAUGCAUUGGAAAUAUUUGGUAACACAUUAGCUGAUUUCGAAUUUAUAACAAGUGAAGGAGAUUCUAUCGCUGUUUCAGCAUAUUUAUUACGUAAAAGAUGGGGUAGAUAUUUUAGUUUCAUUUUAUCAAAUGGUUAUGCCAAGGUUUGCCAAGAAUAUCAUUCGACGGGUAAUCAAUCCACUUUGGUUAAAAUUGCUCCAAGUGACGUCUCGUAUACUGACGAUGGCUCUAAAUUGAAUCCUCCUCCAGCAAUGACAUCUUCAAAUGUAUCAUUGGAAAGAUAUUUUAAAAACAAUGGUAAUAAUCACAAUAGUAAUGGCAAUAACCAUACCAAUACUCUUGAUAAUAAUUAUCAUAGGAAGAAACACGAUACAACUACAAAUCGACAUCACGAGCAUAUUCCAUCUACUUCUCCACGAGGUUCCAAUGUUGCUGUCCCAAGAGAACAUACACUGGCUUCCAUGAGAAGAUCGCCGUGUAAUUCUCGGUAUAAUCUUCAUAACUCUCCAGAAUUAGAUUUUGAACCGAUACCUUCUAAUACAAAUCUUUAUGACGAUUUUGAAACAACAAGUUCGAAGACAGUUAAUUCUAAAACAAUAAAUGACUCAGUGACAAGUUCAAGCACUGGUAUGAUAUUUAGGGUCCCAUUCCAAGAAAAUGACAAAGAAGAUAUAUUAACAACGACGAAUAACAUUAAUAGUAAUACUAUAAACUACAACAAUAAUAACAAGAAUCUGAAAAAGAAACUUAGAGCAGGUAGUGCAACGGAAAAUAAUAAUUUCAUCAAUGUUCCCAAGAAAAGAAGAUCAUCUGUCGUUACAAACCCAAUGGGAUCCUUAAAUAAAUUAUCACCGCAUAUGGAGGACGCGAAAUCUCGCAGAGCGUCUAAUCCAAUUCAACCAUUAACUGAGAUCACUCAAAUUUCGCCUCCACCAAGUCGUAGAUUUUCCUUAAGGUUUACACACAGUGGGGCUAAUUCAAGAAAGGCAUCUGUGACCUCUCAAACAAGUUCCAUUUCAUUCGUAAGUUCUACUUCAGAUAGAUUAAACAAUGCAAUUCUUACGAGACGCAAUACGGAGACGGUAAUAUCAUCUAAUGAUCCGUUAAAAUCAGGUGUCUUAAACAUAUUUUUACCCCCACAGAAAAGACUACCAUCUGUUUCUUUACCACCUGUUCCUUCUGGGCAGGAACCUUUAGGUCCUUUCAAAAGCAGAACUAAUUCAUACAUCGAACACUUUCAUUCCGAUAGAAGCAGCCCAUUAUCAUCUAGAAGAUCAUCGUUCUUGAGAAGCUCUAGCGUUCCCGAAGUAAGAAGGAAGUCCAUGGCAGCCCUAGACAAGAAGCAAUCGAGGAAUGGCUCCUUUUCAAGUAAUGGCUCUAAUUCCCAUACUAAGAAGUCAUGGUCAUCUGCUUCAAACCAUUCUGACUCAGGGAGCGAGUUUUCUGCAGGACAAGUCGAAUUAGAACCACUCCUGAUGCCGAGAUCUUUAUAUAUGCCAUGGCCAACAGCAACGGUUAAAGCGUUCACCGAAUUCUUUUAUACGGGCCAAGUUAAUGGGAAAUGGAUGUUAGCUCCAGUGACUUUAGAUUUGUUACUCAUAUCAAAGAUGUAUGAAGUUCCAUUAUUAUAUGAUUUAAUUACAGAAGUCCUAUAUGCAAUAAUCGGUAAAAAAGAAGGAAAUUUGUUUGUGAAUUGUAACAAUUUGGACGACUCAUUCAAAUCUACUGUAAAAAAAUAUUUCAACUAUGAUGAAGCAGAGGUUGAAAAUUACUUGGACACACAUGCAACUUAUAAAGAUUUGAAAAACUUAAAGAAUUUAUUGGAAUUGACCGAUAGUGGGAUGUUAGAUGUAAACUUAAUUAGGAAAAUCUCUAGGAAUUUUUCUUUUAGUUCAUUUGAAAGUGAUUCUAUACCGUCAACUCCACGAACAACCAAGCAUGUAGUAUCGACAGUCUAUGCAGGCGGCCCUAGGGAUAGUCAUAAUUCUGUUGGAUCUAUUGUUUUUCCGUCAACGAAUGUUAACAUAACAAGUAAUAAGAGGUCAGUUUCAUUAUAUACUCCACGAAUGAAAGGGAAGUCAAGCCUAAGUAAAGAGAUAGAUCCCACUAUAUCCGAAAAAGCUAGAAAUAAAAGUACAGAUAAUCUAACAUCAAAAUCAAAAUCUUCAAGCAAACACUUUGACUCCACUUUAUUAGAUUUGGAUGAAAGAGAUCCUGUUCUUGUUGAACAAUUAGAUCAAGCCAGGCUGCAGGACUUAUCAAGAAUAGAAACAGACUAUCCAUUAAAUUCCGAAGAUACAUUAAGAACUGGAUCAACUGGAAAUAUAAUUUCUCAUACUCUUUCCGAUUCUUCUCAAUCGGACUCUGAUGAUUUUGAAUCACAAAUCGGACUAUUAUCAAUUUCAAGAAUGAAGAAACAUAUCAGAGAAGUGGAAAUCUUUGAGGACGCCAUUGACCCAUUGCAUAAAAUCAACAACGCUCUACAAAGUCCGUCCAAAUCAUUUGAUAUUAUAUCUUCCAAGCCAAGUAUCACCCCACUCAAUAGGGCCUUGAAGAACGAUUUAAAUAGCAACAACAAUAAUAGUAAUAUUGAUUUCGAAUCCCCGACUUUAGAAAGUAUGAUCUCUCCUAAUUCGUUGCCACCUGUUGAUUACGUCAUGAAAAUCAUUUAUAGGACAUCUGUUUUAGUGAAUGACACUAGAUUGAUGUUGAGGUGUAUUGAUUGUAUUGAAAUUUCUAGGAAAUUGAAAAUAAUUCGGAAGUUAUUGACUCAAGAUAUUAAUAGGAUGAAUGAAGAUGUACUAAAACGCUCCUCCGAGCAAGAUAAAUCUAAGAGAGGCAAACCGGAAUUGACUAUUCCUAUUUCUUCCAAUGGAACAAGAGACACAAUGACAAGUUUCAAGAUAAAACCAUACUCUCCAACGGCAACUACUUUUCGUAGAAGCUCAUCCAAAGCACAAAUUUCUCCUCGAACGUCCAUUCCCAAUGAUAUGGCAAAUAAAACAAUUUCCGGUAGGAAGUCAUCUACUCCUCAACAACAAAGGAUACUAACAAAAAGCACUGGAAGUGGAAGGUUUAGCAAUAUCUCUGCAAUAGUGUCUACCCCAUCUUCUUUGAAUACGGCCGUCAUUGCAAGACCGCCUUUGUUGGGAACGAACAGUAAUAGUAGCAGUUCUGUUCCACCAAAGAGCAAAAAGGACUCGAAUGCUAGCACUAGCAGUUCCUUUUCGUUUUUCGGGAUUAGAAAAUGA